CAAAGAUUACAAGCAUCUGGUUCUUUACAACUCCUCCAAGAAAUCGAAUGUCACUUCGUUUGACAAAAAACAGUUCUUGCCACAAUCAAUCAUUUAGUUUCAAUAAAUAAAAGUAAUGCCUUUUUUUUAAUCGCCAUUUCCAUGUGUAUAUAUAUGUGUAUAUACGUGAGAUGUUUUAUAAUCUAUCUUUCUUAAUUAGAACAGAAGCUAGUAAGCAAUGGCAAGCCGAAGAGAAAGAUGCAGCUGGUGUGGUGUGCAGCUAAUUGUGCCACCAGAAGCUCAAACCAUUAGAUGUGCAGUGUGUCAAGCCAUCACGAGGGUUCAGCCCUAUGACACCUUGGCUCAAGUCCGUGACACUAUAAACCAGACAGCUACACGGAUCAUUAACAUGGUGACUGGUCCUGGAGCGGCGGCUGGGAAUUAUGGUUAUGGUUAUUAUGUUCAACCGCCAAGACCGGUGCUUUUGCCUCUUCCUUCUGCGCAUGGGAGGAAAAGGGCAGUGCUUUGUGGGGUGAGUUAUAAAGGGAAGAGUUAUAAGAUAAAAGGAAGUAUUAAUGAUGUUAGGUGCAUGAGAUACCUUCUAGUUGAGAAGAUGGGGUUUCCUACCGACUCUAUACUAAUGCUUACAGAAGAUGAGAAAUGCCCACUCAAGAUCCCAACAAAAGAGAACAUAAGACAGGCAUUAAGAUGGCUUGUUCAAGGAUGUCAACCAGGAGACUCUUUAGUGUUUCAUUUCUCAGGCCAUGGUUCCCAAGUGCCAGACACGGACAUGGAUGAGGUUGAUGGGUUAGAUGAAACUUUAUGUCCUCUUGAUUAUGAAACUGAAGGAAUGAUAAUUGAUGAUGAAAUUAAUGAGACCAUUGUAAGGCCAUUGCCAAAAGGAGCUAUGCUUCAUGCCAUCAUUGAUGCUUGCUAUAGUGGAACCAUACUUGAUCUACCAUUUGCAUGCAAGAUGAACAGGGAUGGAUUUUAUACAUGGGAAGAGCAAAUUUGUACAUCAGGUCCUUACAAAGGAACAAGUGGAGGGCUAGCCCUCUGUUUCAGCGCUUGUAAUGAUGAUCAAAUUUCUGUGGAUACUACAGCAUUAGCAGGAAAUGCAUCAACUGGUGCCCUGACUUACAGCUUUAUACAAGCAGUGGAAAAUGAACCUGGAUUAACAUAUGGUCGCUUGCUUAAUGCCAUGCGCCAAGCAAUUCGUGGAGCUAAAACAGGCGGAUUACGCCUAAGUGGUCCUAUUGCUUCUCUAAUAAACAGAACAUUAUUCAACACUGAGAUAACACAGGAACCGCAGUUGUCUUCUUCUGAGAAAUUUGAUAUUUACUCCAAACAAUUUUUACUGUAAUAGAUAUUGGCUAUGGUUGUUAUGUAGGCUUGCUUGCAAGAUUGGUCUGAUUAGAUAAAGGUUAAGGCCUGUUUGGUGCAAAUGCAUUCCAUGAAAUUUUGUGGAAUUGGUUUUGAUUUUUAUGUUUGUAUAUUGGAGAUAAAUGAAAAUUUUCAUUUUAUUCCUAAAAAAGCUAAAAUUUAUGACAUUUAUGUAAUUGAACCAAAUUCUAUAUUUAUAAAUGUAUUGUGCAAUUUGAACUCAUUUAGACAAAAGAGGCGUAAUGUAAGUAAUGAAUAUGAAAUUAUUUCUUAAAAAACAAUAAUUCAUAUGUGAAUUUGAAUACUAUUAAUAUAUAUUAUUAAUAGACUAUUAAUAUAGAAUAAACACACCUGCAGCGAGAGGCGAAAAGCCUUAAGUGUGACUAAAUCCCGAGUCGGAUUAGGCGG